CCACUGGAAGGGAAGCCUUCUUCUUCUCCAAGAAAGAGAUCAGAGCUACUUGAAAUAAAGAAAAAGAAAGUAAUCAAACACUGAGAAAGAAACCCAAGCGAGUUUAGGAAGAUCCCUCCGGCGAAUAACCAUCUCAAGGAGCAAUUCUUUACUCUUCGUCUCUCGUCGCCGGGAAAGCGUAUCGGAGUUGUUUGGCAAAUGGGUGACUCCCAGUACUCGUUCUCCCUCACCACUUUCAGUCCUUCCGGCAAGCUCGUUCAGAUCGAGCACGCCUUGACGGCCGUGGGCUCUGGCCAAACCUCUCUCGGAAUCAAAGCUUCUAAUGGGGUUGUUAUUGCGACCGAGAAGAAGCUACCUUCCAUACUGGUUGACGAAGCAUCAGUCCAGAAGAUACAGUCACUAACCCCAAAUAUGGGAGUUGUAUACAGUGGCAUGGGUCCUGAUUUUCGAGUUUUGGUUCGGAAAAGCAGGAAGCAGGCUGAACAAUAUCACAUGUUAUACAAGGAACAAAUCCCCGUCACACAACUUGUGAGGGAAACUGCUGCUGUCAUGCAGGAGUUCACUCAAUCUGGAGGGGUGAGACCUUUUGGUGUAUCUCUCCUGGUUGCUGGUUAUGAUGACAAAGGUCCACAACUGUAUCAGGUGGAUCCUUCAGGUUCCUAUUUCUCAUGGAAAGCCUCAGCAAUGGGGAAGAAUGUCUCAAACGCGAAAACAUUCCUUGAGAAGAGGUAUACUGACGAUGUGGAGCUCGAAGAUGCUAUACACACUGCUAUUUUAACUUUGAAGGAAGGUUUUGAGGGACAGAUCUCAGGAAAGAACAUCGAGAUUGCCACCAUCGGACCAAAAAGGAUAUUCAAGGUUCUGACUCCAGCCGAGAUCGAUGAUUAUCUUGCGGAAGUGGAGUAACUUCUUUCUUUAAACGAAGCUCGAGCCUGCAAACAUUUCCUCCAAUGUAUUAGACGUAAUCUGGGCGCUUGUGUUGCGAACUUUUCACUUCUGUAGCAAGUGCCCUCUCAAUCUUACUGUGCUCAUUUCAGAAUAGAACGAAGAUGGAUUGUGGAAUUUGAAUAGUUGUUACUUGUUAUCAGGAAUUCGAGACAGAAGCAAUUUGCUCAGCUCUAGGGCUUCUUUGUUUGUAUCAUCUAUUGCGGUUGACCUCUAGUUAUCAUU